AUGCGACAGCUGCACCUACAUGUUAUCAGCCAGGAUUUUAAUUCAACACAUUUGAAGAACAAAAAACAUUGGAACUCCUUUAAUACUGAUUUCUUUCGAGACUCUGUCAAUGUAGUGGAGGAAGUCAGCAGUGAUGGAAAAGCAAUACUAAAAGAUGAUGAAGACCUUCAUGGAGUCGCGACGAUGUCACCCGGGUGUAGAAGUGCUCACCCGAACAUACCCCGAUUAAAAUGGCACAUUACUAACUCCACGUAG